CUUCACACUCAAGAUGCCUACAGAGCAAGAGAUCCGUGAUCAAAUCACGCAGCAGCUCUCGCAAACUCCCUUCGCAUGCACUUCCCUCACGCGCUUAUCUGGUGGCACGGCCAAUUACGUGUACCGAGGCACCGUUUCACCGACCGAGUCCAUCAUCAUUAAGAACACUAGAGGCCACUCAGCUUCAAACCCAGACUUCAAAAUUGUUGUUGACCGAUGCUAUUUUGAAGAAGCUAUUCUCCAGGCCCUUCAUGACCUGCCACCCUACUCCCAAGACAAUAUCACCGUCAAAACGCCUCGGCUGUUAAAUUUUGAUAAAGAGACCAACACGCAGGUUCUUGAGGAUCUACCUAAUUCAGUAGAUCUGAAAACCUUCCUUAUCUCUGACGUUUCUGAUGGCAUCACGGAUUCCGCCGCACGAACACUGGGUCGUGCGAUGGGAUUCUGGCUUCGUUCAUUUCACUCUUGGGGAAACGAGAAUGCUCAGUUGAAGACUGAGAAGACAGUCGCUGAGAAUACGGUCAUGAGAGACUUGAAGUUUUAUAUCAACUACACCAUGCUCAUUGACACCAUUCCCAAUUUCCCGGAAAUUUUGGGAGAGAGUCGUGAUGUAUUUGAGAAAGUCCGUGAUAUGGCGGCUGAUGAGCUGAAGAAGGUGGAUGGUAGUAAUGACUAUGGAAUUAUCCAUGGCGAUUUCUGGACUGGGAAUAUUCUCCUUCCAAAGGUUCCUCUCACUGAGCAAGCCGAAACGGAAGUUUUCAUCGUUGAUUGGGAGCUGGUGCAAGUUGGAAGACGAGCGUUGGAUUUGGCGCAGAUGAUUGCCGAGCUGUACGAAACCAAGCUCUUCAAGAAUGUGGAUGCUGGUUUGUGGGUCAUUGAAGGCUUCCUGGAUGGAUACGGGUCUAUCAGUGACGACACGGCAUUCCGGACUGCUAUCCACAUUGGUGUACAUCUUGUUUGUUGGGGAAGCAGGGUUCCUGGAUGGGGUACUCCGGAACAGAUCGAAGAGGUCGUGAAGGUAGGUAGAGAUCUGAUCGUUCAUGGGUGGAAGCAUGACCGGGCUUGGUUUGAAACAGGGAGCUUGGGCUAUCUGUUCAGAUGA